GCCGCUGCGCGGGGCCGGAGGCAUGGGCGCCGGGCGCCUUCCCCGCCGGAGCCGUGCGCUGUCGCCGCCGCCGCCGCCGCCGCUGCUGCUGGAGCCGCUGCCGCUGCUGGAACAGCCGCCGGGACCUCAGCAUGUUUCUGAGCGUGCUGAGCCCGCAGCCCCGGCACCCAGCACCCACCCCACCCCGCUCCCACUCCCCCAAGCCAACCCCCGGGACCUCGCGUCAGGCUCCUGCAGCCAAUCCGGGCAAAGGCACGCCCCUAUCUUGUUUCCCCCCCCCACCCCCCGCACCCUCCCACCUCCCGCACCCCCCUCCCACCGGCCGUUCUGCUGCUCGGGGGAGUCCGGGGGCAGAUCGCCGCACGAGCGCCGCCCCCGCCCCCGCCGGUUCCUGCGGGCGCGCCCUUCCCGCGCUCGCGGGUUCCGGGGCCCCGUGCCCUUCGACCCCACCCCUGCGCCCGGCUCCCACACCCGUCCCCGCCGCUCCCCGAAGCUCCCACUCUCUCCCGCAGUCCGCCCCCUCCCGCGCCCUUUCUGCCUCUGGCGUUUGGCUCCCUCCUUGCGCCCCCGCUCCACCGGCAUCCUCUCCACCUCCAGUGCCCAGGUUCCCUGCCGAGCCGAGCGCGUGUUCGCCUUAGCGGGGAGGGGGCCUCGGCGUUCCCUGCCGAGCGCCGGAGCGCCUCGGACAGUCUGUCCGCUGGGGUUGGAGGAGUUCGGCUGCCGGGUUGUUUCUCGGAUCCGGCAGCCUUGCAGAGUGUGUUGUAAAACCCUUCCCCCGUCAAGAGGGGACCCAGCCAGCCUGCGUCCUGCCAGCUCGGGGGACCGGAGGCGGGUGUCAGUGGUUAGAGGAAAACUUUCCAGCAGAGCGCCUUGCCGCCUUGCCGGAGCAAACCUGGCAUCUGUCAAGAACGCUCUCUGCGCUCUUCCUGCAAGGAGCUUCUGUUCCAGUGCACUAGACGCAGAAGGCAAGCGAAGGUUUGUGCAUCUGAACAGCUAACGCUGAGGACCAGUUGGAAAAUCACAGGCUCCUCAGCCCCAGCUAAUUACUACCUCCAGCAGCACCGCUAUAGGCCGCGGCAUAAAGCAGAAAAUGCUUCGUUUUAUGCAAAACCAAGGGUGGCAAAGAAGGCAGCUUCCAACGAGUGGAAAUUGGAUAAUUGAAUCAAUGUGUUCUUUUUUAAAAGCGAGAGGAUGUAGUAAAGUAGCUAAUUUGGACUGAGGGCAAGCAGAAUGGCUUCUCAUGUUUCACACUAAAGAUGGCCCCCCAGAUAAGUGACACGCAGACCCUGGUGAGAACAGUCACCUUUGCUGUAGGAUUACAGCCGGGCACAAAGUCACGAAUGCCACAGGCUGACUGUGGUCAGAUCAAGACGUCAUGUAUGCUGAAUCUCUUCUGGGAUUCAGACGUCUUACAGUUGACUUGACUUAUCCAGCACUGAGACUGUUAGUCUCUACUCCCUCCAGAUUCCUCCUCCAGUCUUCCCAGCUCAGGAAAUAGCACUGCCAUUCACGUAGGUACUUGGGUGGAGACCCAAGGGCUCUCCCUGAGUUUGCCCCUUUCCACCCCUCCCCGGAUGCAGUCCAUCAGCAAGUGCUGUGGGCUCUGUGUUUGUGACACACUCACCUUUUCCCUGCUGCUACUUUGGUCCAAGCCACCAUUGGUCUCCCACUAGACCCCCCCGCAACAGACGCCGGCAACUUCCACUCCUGGCCCUAGAAUUUAUUCUCUGCUCUGUAGCCAAGAGUGGCUUUUAAAAAGAUAUAUAUGAUCUUAAAAUAAUAAUUAGAAAAAAAGAUCACUUAGCUUUUCCUGCUUCAACACCCCCAGUGGUUUCACAUCGCAAUUAGAACUAAACCCAAACUUGCUUCUGUGGUCGCAGGCGUGUGGUAAUCUGUUGGCUGCCUCCCCUUUCCUUCUAUCUCCCUGGCUCUCUGUGCUUUACCACACUGGCCCCUUUGUCCCUUGAGCUGGUGCCUGCCACAGGGACCCUGAACUUGCUGUCCCUCUGUCAGAAAUUCCACGGCGGUUCUUUCUCACUCCUGAAGCUUCCACUCAAGCGUUACCUCCUUAGGGGGUCCUUGUCUGACCACCCCGUUCCCCAAACUCAGCCUGUCAUGGUCUUAUCAUACCAAUCUCUUUUUUUUUUCAUUAAUAUAUCGCUGACACUCCACAUCCCUGUAUGGAAUUACCUUAUUUAUAUCUAUGUGUUUCUUUUCACUUUUUGGUGUUUGUGCCCUGCCUUCCUCCCCCUUUCCCCAAAUAUAAGCCCCACGGGGACAGGAAUUUUGUCAGUAUUUGUGGCUGUCUCUCCAGGCCUUGGAUAUCGCCUGGCAUCUGCGAGGCACAGAGAAAGCAUUCGUUGGACGCUGUUGAAGGAGAAGAGUUUGACUCCCACCUGGUCCUGAAUAAACCCUCUUGAUCACUACCAUGGCUCACUUUUCUUCUCCUCCUCACCGACAUACUUCUAGAAGGAGCAGAUCAUACCCAAUGUAUUUAUCUAGUCAUGUUUCUUCCCCUCUGUAACCCUAAACAACCCAGCUUCCCCCCCCACUACCAUUCAGAAGUGCUUCCUCAAAGAUUUCCGGAAGAGUCAAAACCAGUUGCCUUGUGCACUAUGCCCUUUCUGUAGCAUCUGACAUUGUCAACCCCUGUUCACAUUCAUGAAUCUCCCUUUGAUAUGUUGUCCUGUCUUGGCAUGACUUCUGGAUCUACCAGGGGCAUGGGAAAGCUGGGAAUGCAUCCCGGAGUGUCUCGGGAAUGUAUUGGGGGCUCCAGCCAUCAUACCUGGUGAGCAGGCUGGCUCUUAACCAGAUAGAUAGUCCAGAACGAUUGCUAUGGGUCAGUGGCAUGAACUCCCCAUGAAAAGCGCCAAAGGGAAGCCGCUCAAAGCUCCAAAGCCCCUGACUUCAUUCAGGUGGUAACUUGGCAGUGGUAUAUCAUUCUGGGUACCCGACAGUCAGGGAAGGUGCCCUCCACCCAAGGGUACCUGCUCUGCGUAGAUGUCUCUGGGCUGUCAGCUGGUCUUUUAUCUACAAAGUAAGUAAGAUCCUUUUUCUGUGCCUACGGAAUCUUUUGAUACAUUCCCCUGGGUCAAAGGUGUAUCUGCCCCAGCUAGACACAUGAUGCUUUAAAUCACAGCCCUUGUCUUGUUGCACUCAAUUCCUACUUUGUGUGAGGGACAUGGGGUUUGGGACUGCCCGUCCUCCCAUCUACUGGCUACAUGACCUUGGACAGGUUAAUGCAUACCUUAUAUCCUCUGGCUCCACAUGUGACAAUUGAGCAGAACCACUAGGACCUCACGGGCACCUUGACUCUGUCACGAGGAUGCCCAGAACAUACAACCAUCAGUGGCUCCCUAUUGUCUUCUUAAUUAGAUCUGACAUUCAGGCCCCCACCCCAUGAUCCUGGGUGGCUCCUUAGGAUCCCACACAGGUUUUGCUGUCCCCAGCAUGCUGGGUCCUAUGCCUUUGCUAUGACCUUCCACUGCUUAUGGGAGACCAUCUUCCCCUUGAACUUUUCUUUGUUUUC